AUGGAGCUGAAGGUGACAGACUACCAUGUGAGGUGUUCAGUGGUGUCCCGCUAUGCUGUUACCACAGUCCAGAGUUCAGUCUGGAACCAGCUCCCAGUCACCAAGGAGGCCGCCUUUGAGGUGGACCUGCCCUCCUCUGCUUUCAUCUCCAACUUCACCAUCACCUCCAACGGCAAGGUGUACGUGGCCCAGGUGAAGGAAAGAGCUGCUGCCAGGAAAAUUUAUGAUGCUGCUAAGAAGCAAGGAAAAACAGCCGGACUUGUUGCUACCAAAGAGAGGGAGAUCGAGAAGUUUCGCGUGGCAGUGAGUGUGCCGUCAGGAGCUCGGAUGUUCUUCUCCCUGUCCUACGAGGAGCUGUUACCUCGUCGACUCGGCCACUACGAGCUCAGUCUGGGACUGAGGCCCGGGCAGCCUGUGCAGAACCUCACGUUAGAUGUCAGCAUAACAGAGCGGACCGGCAUCAGUUUCAUCAAGGUUCUUCCUCUCAAGACGAGCCGACUGCUCUCCAACACUGCCCAGGGUGAUGCAGAUGCCCCUGCCUCCACUCAUGUGGAGCACAGCGGUGGCUGCGCUCGAGUCCGCUACAGUCCCACCCUGCAGCAGCAGAACAGCAUCUCCUCCAAAGGUCUGAACGCAGACUUCAUCAUUCAGUAUGAUGUGGACCUCAGAGACCUCAUGGGUGAAAUCCAGGUGUAUGAUGGCUAUUUUGUGCAUUACUUUGCACCCAGAGGACUUCCUGUGGUACCGAAGGAUGUUAUAUUUGUCAUUGAUGUCAGUGGCUCAAUGAUAGGCACUAAGAUAAAACAGACCAAGCAGGCCAUGGGCACCAUUCUCGGCGACCUUAGAGAGGGAGACCACUUCAAUAUCAUCACCUUCUCAGACAAAGUUCACACCUGGAAGAAAGGACGAACUGUGCGGGCAACUCGGCAGAAUGUACGCGACGCCAAAGACUUUGUGAAGAGGAUCAUUGCAGAAGGAUGGACCAACAUCAAUGCAGCUCUGCUUUCGGCUGCCCAGCUCGUCAACCCUCCAUCCUCCGCCUCUUCCAAACUGCUCUCACCCCGCCGUGUUCCUCUGGUAAUUUUCCUCACUGAUGGGGAGGCGACCAUCGGAGUAACAGCUGGCGACACCAUCCUUAGCAAUGCCAAGAAGGCUCUGGGCUCCGCUUCCCUGUUUGGCCUUGCCUUUGGAGAUGAUGCCGACUUCCUGCUCCUGAAACGCCUGGCUCUGGAUAACCGAGGCGUGGCCAGGAUGGUGUAUGAGGACGUAGAUGCAGCCUUGCAGCUGAAGGGCUUCUACGAUGAGGUAGCCAGCCCUCUGCUGUCGGACGUCCAGCUGUCGUACCUGGAUGAUCAGGCGUUUGAUGUCACCCGCUCCCUGUUCCCAAACUACUUCCAAGGCUCGGAGUUGGUCGUGGCAGGGAAGGUCAAACCAGGGGUCAAUGAUUUAAAGGUGUCGAUGUCUGCCACUGAUUCAAAACAACACGUCAAGUUGGAGAACGAUGUGUUGAUUGCCCACGGGAAGGGGAAUGGAAGUGCAGAUUCACGAGGCUGUUCAGCAGGCUUAGAAGGAAUCUCUAGCUUUGUGCACCGUCUCUGGGCGUAUUUCACCAUCAAAGAGUUGCUACUGGCCAAACUGAACACUACUGACCCAGCAACUCAAAGGUUAUUGGCAGACAAAGCCACCAAUCUAUCCCUCAAAUAUAACUUUGUAACACCAGUCACGUCUUUGGUUGUAGUUAAGCCAGACCCAGAUGAAGCUCAGACUCCAGCCACCGCAAAACCCACCACUGCAGCCACCAUAACCACAACUGCAACGACUAUUGCUACAACCAGAAUAUCAGCUGCUGGUGCUGCAAAGAAGCCCAGCUCACCUUCUAACCCCAGGCCAAACAAAACAAAGCCGGACCCCCCUCAGCCGCCUCCAAAUACACCGCAAACUAAAAAAAUCUCACCGCCGACUUCCACAGCAAGAACAGUAGUUUCACCAUCCAAGAAAACCACAACAACCUCCAGUCCCAGCUCUGCCAGAACUGCACCAGCACCACUCUCUGGUAAAAAGCUCACUCCUUCCCAAACUGAAUCCAAGCCUGCGUCUCCUCCUCCUGCUGGUAAGAUUCCCACCUCUGUGCUCAAUGCACUUAAAACAGCGUCACCCCCUGCACCUGGAAAAGUCUCCACACCCCAGCCCAGCGCCACGAAAACAACCACUCCCUCAACAACCACCACAAUGUUAACAUUCAGCACCAGCGCCGCACACGACCUGCCUGGGAGACCCCUUACCCCACAGCCCAGUACGGUGAGGAUAGCCCUCCUUCCUGUCAAAGUGACUGCACCCUCCCCAGAAGCAGCGAACGGCACCACAUCUGUUCCAGAUGUUCCUCAGCCUGAAGUCACCACCGCUCUGCCUGAGCUGCCGUCUCCGCUCGCCUCUCUCACGCCGGCACCGGCUCCGGCGGUGGAAGACAACGACACAAAUUCAGAGACAGACCUGAGCAUCGCCACCUUCGUGUCGGCUACCUUUGCUCCCAUGCCCGGUGUCACUGACGGGCCACGGCUGUGGGAGGCAGCAGGGCUUCUGGAUGUCUCUACUUUCAUCCAGAGGAAAGAUAUUGAUCUUGUGAAAGACUACGAUGCAACGUAUGACUACGACUACGAUCUCACCUACGAUGCCUGGGACGAUACUGCAGACACGGAAUCAUUUGAACCGCCAUCCAGACUGACCACCGUCCGGGUCUUCUCCUCAUCAGUUGAUGGAGAUCCUCAUUUCGUGGUCCAGCUGCCAAAGCUGCACCAGAACCUGUGUUUCACGGUAGACGGCAGGGCUAAUGACGUUCUCAGACUGUUAGAGGACCCAGAGAGAGGGAUCAUUGUCGAUGGCCACCUGAUGGGGGCUCCCUCCAAGCACGGUGUAGAAGACCGCCCCCGAACCUACUUCGACCAGCUCACCAUUUCCUCGGCCACAGGCGGCUCCGGUGACAUCACAAUCACCCUCUCAUUGGACGCAGUGGUGGUGGAAGGGGAAGGGCAGGAUACCCUUCCCAUCAAUCAGCAGGGGUCGGUGAGGAGGCAGGGUGUGACGGUUGCUGUGGACAACCAUCGGAGCUGCUGGGUCGAGCUGGCCAAGGGUGUGCGGUUCCUGGUCCUGUUCCACCACUAUAAACACCCCAGCUACCUACAGAUGGCUCACCUGGGGUUUUACGUCACAGAUGGACAGGGACUGUCUGCUUCAACCCAAGGCCUUCUGGGCCAGUUUCAGCACGCUGACAUGAGUGUAACUGCGGUGAAGGAUUAUCUGGAUGGAGGAGUUCACAAGGAGGCAGUUUCAGCCAGGGGGAUCCUGAGGUGGGGCGGCGAGCACAUGCCGGUCACCUUGCAAGACAAGACGCUGAAAGACACGGUGCGAAAACGCCACGCAGGCAGGUGCUGGGUGGUGCCCAAGGCAGAGAUAGAGAGGCUGCUGGGUCAUCCAUACGAGAGCUACGUGGUGGAUCGGGUGUAAUUCUAGCCGAGUCGGCUCCACCUUGUUGCCUCUCUGCUGCACAGCUCAGGUCACAGCAGUUAUCAUGGUGUGGUUGUCGGACAAAGGGUGAGCAAGAAGUGGACUCCGUGAGGCUAAAAUAACACGCCGCCAGUCGAGUGAACGAGGCCGUCUAAUAUUCUGUAAGCCAAACACAGGUGCGGUUACAAAAGAGGAAGAGAGAGGAUGACAGGUUAGAGACGACGGUGAGAGAGGAAGCUGCAUGUGAAGGAGUAACGAGGACAAAUUCAGUUCGACAAAUACAGUGACGGACUGAACGAUGCUGCUGUCCUCUCCAGCUCGGAUUCAAGCUCUGUGUUCUGUAUCUGUGACGGAGACGCAAUGCUCUCCUGUUCGCAUGGCAACCACAAAAUGUCCAUUUGUGCUGCAGCAGUUUGCGCUCGCUGCAAAAUGUCUCGCACACUAACUCUGUUCACAACUUCAAAGAUAUUUAUCAAAUUAUAAUAUAAUGAUAAUUAGGCAGAGACAGAUUCUUCUACUUCAGAAUCACCUGUAACUGUUAAAGCUGUAUCAUUCUGUAAGUUGUAUUUUUAGCACAAGUGUAUAUAAAAUAUUAUUGUGAGUGAGUAUAGAUAAUGUUCCUGUAACAGAUUACUCACCUGGAUGUAGUUACUGCAUCUUCAGAAAGAUAAACAAAGCAAAGUCCAGGUGUUUCCAGGUUUGCCAUGUGCUUUUUAUUUUUCUAUCAUUUCAUUCAUAGUUAAAUUCGUUUUAUUUGUUACACAAGACAUUAGGCAUUGUUCACAUACUAGUGAUCAAACAAGGACAGUAAGUUUUCUACUACUCAGCCUGAACUAUUUCUUUUCAUCAAUUUCAAGGGAUAUUGUCGACAGUGGUUUCCAAAGGCCAAACUGGAUGAAAAUUAAAACAGUACGACCACA